GUUACUUGUGCAACAGCGUGUGCAGUAUAAGUGUUCCAGUUCUGUAGUUCUUAAAGCUAAAAUUUGUCUACAAUUCAGUCAAGCAGCAACCCAGGAACAGCGUAAUAUCCGAAAACCAGAAACACUCAAACUUAUUGUACUGAUUCCUAAGUAGUGACAUUAGAAGACCUGGUUUAUACUGCAAGAGCUGACAACUGUCCACCAUGUGCAUUUUCUACAGUCUGACUAUGUUUGUGUUAUUGGGUUCAGCAUUUUCGGAGUUCUUCAGAGCAGAUGUGAACAUGAUGGGCAUUCGCGGAUCUAUAGAACUUGACUACACUCUCAAAAUCGCUACAACUAAUUUGUCGGAUGUGUGUGAGAAUUCUACUGUCAGUUUACAUGAGUUUCCAGUUAUGUAUGGUCACUUCUCACAGCCAUGCCUACAAAUGAAUAUUGGCAAAAUGAUCUAUAACUUCACUUUCAUCAGAAACGAAAUAAAUAUAACUGAACUAAUCAAAACAUUACCUGACCUAAGUGAUACAUCCAUAGUGUUUGAAACCUGUGAUGGCCUCAAAGCCUGCUCUACAGUAAAGAAGAAUAAAAGUGUUAGAACCUGGCAAGCCAAAUUUUUUGAUUCCAUUGCUGGUACCUUGUACAUUCGUCAAAAUAUUGGAGAACAUAAUUCAAGAGUCUUAACAGAUUUUGUUACUAUAAUGCCUAAUGUAAGUGACAGGAAUCUUAAUGUGUCAGUGUACUUUGCAGAUGGUAAUUCCACAUCAAUCUGUGACGAUCUUGCUAGACAAAGGAAUAAAGUGCUACUUGGUGAAUUCAGAGUCGGCCUUCCUUUUGAGCCCAUGAAAUCUCGAAAAGAAAUUGCUAUUGAUGACAUGAAAUCUUUUGCUUUGCUGGAACACAGGGGCUUUUGGUCAUGUGCUGAGGUGAGAGAACUGGAAGCAAAACUUCUUACAGCCUCUAUAAACAUGAAAGGAAUCAAAGGAAUUUUCAGUUUUAGUCAAAACUCUCCUUUCGAUCUUACCACAUAUAAUGUUUCUCUGGAGGGACUCAAGAGUUUAGUUGGCCCAUAUCAUAUUCAUCAGUUUCCUGUUCCACAAAGAAAAUCAUCUCAAGAACAGCUUUGCAGCGAUGACAACACAGGAGGGCACUGGAAUCCUUUUGGAUUAGAUACCACUAACUCCACAUAUCCCAAAGUUCCAGGACAAUCACAUGACAAGUAUGAGGUAGGAGAUCUCAGUGGAAGGCAUGGAUCAUUGCAGGAUAAGGAUACAUUUGUAGAUGUUUUCAAUGACUGGAAUCUGCCACUGUUUGGGAAAAACAGCAUUGCUGGCCGUUCUGUUGUCAUUCACAAACGUGAUACUUCAAGGCAUGUUUGUGGCAAUAUUAGAUACAACACAGCUGUAAUAACAGCACAUGCAAUAUUCAGAAGCCCUGUGGUGGGAAGGAUAGUAUUUCAGCAGAUGAAAAGUAAUCCAUACUCAGAUGUAUCAAUAUUCAUGGAGCUGAGCUAUGGAAAUGCAUCAUCUUCAAUAACAAAUAGUCACAAGUGGCAUGUUCAUGAAUAUCCAGUCAGUGCCACAACUGAUUUUGAUGAAAAUAUGUGCCUUAGCACGAAGGGGCAUUUUAACCCUUUUAAAGUCGACACAGUUAAGAAUUAUUCUGACUGCAGCCCUGGUAACCCUUUCAGGUGUGAAACAGGGGACUAUGCAGGAAAGCAUAAGACAAUUACCCUUACGAACCGUCCAGAUACAGUAACAGUGAAAAACUUUUUCACAGACUCUACAUCUGCACUCUCAGGGACUGCUUCCAUUCUUAACCGAGCAAUAGUGAUUCAUGGGCCGGAUAACAAUGGAAGCAGAUUGGCCUGUGCCAACAUUACAGUGCUCCAUCCAUCUUUAGCCCGAGCAUGGCAGUGGUUUGGAGCCGGCAAAGCUAAUGGAAACAUAGCAUUCUCACAAAGUUCUGAUCUGGAUCCCACUACACUGAAUGUUUCAUUAAAUAAUUUAAACAACUUGGCUGGUGAUUAUCAUGUUCACUUAUACCCUGUAAGAACAGAAUCUUCAGAUCCUUGUGGUGGUGCUUCAACUGGGGGGCAUUUCAACCCAUUUGAAGUGAAUGUGACUGCGUCUCCUGCACCUGGCAACGGUACCAAUGAUCAGUAUGAAGUCGGUGAUAUUAGUGGAAAAUUCCAUGGAACAUUGAAAAAUCAGACAAAUAAAAAUGCUCAGUAUUCUGAUGUCAACAUGCCAUUGUUUGGCACUUACAGUAUCAUUGGUCACUCUGUUGUGAUUCAUUACACUUCUGGAGCACGAAUGCAGUGUGCAAAUAUUGAACGUGUACUUGUGAAUACGGAUGACAGUGACUGGAUUUGUGCCAGAGCGGUCUUCAAGGAUGCUAUAAAGGGAACUGUCACACUAAGCCAGCAAGUAUUUUCUGAUGGCAGUUUCAGUGAUGCCACAGUGGAAGUGGACCUACAGGCAACUGAUACAAAUAAUAUCAAAGAAGCCAAGUGGUACGUUUACAGCAAACCUGUUCAGGAAAUGGAUAUGAGCUGCGGUGACCUUGGUGGACACUACAAUCCAUUUGGUAUUGACACCGGCCCUUUGUACAAUUUCAGCUGUUCCAUGGGUUACCCUCUCUACUGUGAGGUUGGAGACAUGACGAUGAAGCACAAAGCCAUCAUUCUAGGAAGCAGACAACUACUGAAUGAUGCCAAUCUGCCACUUUCUGGGGAUUUUACUGUUGUAGGUAGAUCCUUGGUACUGCAGAAUGAUGUUGGCUCCCAUCGAGACUGUGCCACUAUUUCCCCUGAUUCUCCUCAUGUCACAUUAGUGUUCCCCACGGUGAACACAUUUGAUAGGUAUGAGUUUCGUCAUAGAGUUGCCAACGUUCUACAGUUGCCUUUGUGGAAGAUAACCAUCAUACCAGGGGGGCCCACAACUGUCAGUGGGGGAACAUGCCAACAAGUCAGCUUCUAUGUGGCAGGUCAAGUUGAUAAGCAAAAACUGGAUACAAUCAAAGACCAGGAAGCACUGGGGAAAUUUAAGUCUUCAUCAACAUGUAAUACAGCCCCCAGUGGUGAAGCUACUGCAGUGCGGACACUGAAGUUUCCAGCAUGCCUUUUCUUGUUGCUGCUCUUGUUAGCACAGUACACCCUGUGCUUCAUACUAUAGUUCUAAAGCUGUUUGAUAGAUGUGUUUUAUUUAAUUUAAACUGCACUUUUGAAAGCUGAGCUGCUGCUGUUAACAUUUUCUGAUCCUUGUUUCUGACUGCAGUAUUUGAAUCCUAUCCACAUUUGUGGAACUCCUAAGGGGCAGAGUUCUGUGUCCGAGGAGAGUGUAUAUUGUUGGCUUUCUGCUUGAAGGGUUAAACUCAAAAUCUAUCCAUCCAUUCAUCCUCAGCCCCUUUUUCCCAUUUUGCACAUGGGGUCAGGGUGUCACUUCAACAGUAGGAAUCAUCUUAAGCCAACAUUUACUCCACCAGGUGGCUAAACUUAAAAUUCUCCAUCUUAAUAAUAAAUUAAUUUCAAUCAGAAUUUUCUCAGGAAAACAAUGUUAUGCAUUUUUAAACCUUAACCACCCUCAACAAGUCUCAAGUGUUUACCCACUGCUAUCUCAUCCUUUGCUCCCUCUAGAGUGAACAGUCUGGAAUGUAACCCUCUGAGGUCAUCAUACUGCAGGUUUUGAGCCUUUCUUUAGUAUUUUAUCUAUUGGUCCAGCACCCCCCACCUUGACAAGUCACACACAUUCUGCAGUGCUAUCAGUGCUGGAAACCAUCUCUCUCUUGAAAGCUGUCUAUCUCUUAUCCCUUAAAUAACUACUGAUACUCACCCCCAGUUUCCAGUUUGGGGGGCUGAUAGUCAGUAUAAACACUCAUACCUACCUAUGACAGAGCUAGCCAUUAUCUGCUCAGAUUUCAUUCCAAAAAUUAUGUUUCUUCACCUGGAAUAAAUGAGUCUAGGUCGCUGACGUCACAGGUGGGAAUAUUCCCUCUAUCCGUCUGGGAUACUUUUUAUUUUGAGAACACUAAGUUCGGCAUUUUGGCACUGAUUUCUCAAUGAUUAUUGAGUUACUAUCCCAUACAGAGCCAUUCUUUCAUCCCUCUCCUUGGGACACCAGGAGAGAAAGAUGAAAGUGUGGGACUAUGGGUAUAUGGCUAACAGACACUGCCUGCAGUGCAAAUCUCAGUGGAGAGCCCUUUAUUGGCAAAAGUGUUCACACUCCCUUAUUUUAUUUAUUUAUUUAUUUUACUAGUGCAGGAGUUAUAUUACCUAGCCUUCCCCCAGAUGGCAUGCUGCCAACACACUCCCCUAGGAUGGAUGAGCCAGCUGGAAUAAUCACUUUCUUCCUACCCCAGUCCAGGUUGUUAGUCAAAAAAGGGUUAACUGGAGUACAAUUCAAGACAAAAAUCUGAAUGUUGCAUAUUUUAAAAAUAUUUACAUAGGUUCAUAGGUUCAUAGGUAGGUACUAGGCUAUCAGCCCAAGGGCCAAAGUAAGCCUAGCCAACAAGUU